AUGCUCCCAAAGGGAAAGGCGGUGGGACAAAAAAGAGGACAUUCUGGUGGCGAUGACUCUGACAAAAAAGCACAAGGUCCAAAAGUAGGAGGAAAUGCAGCGAAUGUGAGGCGUAUACUUUGUGAAAAGCAUGGUAAAGUCAUGGAGGCUAUGGAAAAACUCAAGUCUGGUGUUCGCUUCAGUGAAGUGGCUUCACAGUACAGCAAGGACAAAGCCCAGCAAGGUGAUGAUGUUGACUGGAUGACCAGAGGCUCCAUGGUGGGACCUUUUCAAGAAUCUGCAUUUGCUCUCCCCAUUAGCAGCAUAGACAAGCCUGUAUACACUGACCCACCAGUCAAGACCAAGUUUGGCUACCAUAUCAUAAUGGUGGAAGGAAGAAAAUAGAUGAAAAUACCAAUU